UGAAGUCAAGACAGAAGCGCGAAAUGUGUAAAUCUUGAUAACUCUAAAUGGUAUUGGACAUUUAGAGCCCUAUAUAUAGAAUUCAAGGUUUCAUUAGAGAGCGCGUAUUGGUUUUGCAUCUCAGCAAGUAUGCAAGAUUUACCGGUGACGACAUGUCGUUGAAGUUUACUACAGCAAUUGAGAUUACAGAUCAAGUUACGGAGCAACAACAUAGUCGACGUGUACACUACAAAACAGAGAACGCUAAAUUAUUGCUUUUGGCAGUUAUUUAGUGCUUUUUAAUGCCGCAAAAGAUUACUGAAAUAUGGAAAAACUUGAUACUCGUACAACCCAACAAAUCUACGGCAAUUGAAAUACGGAAUGACCGCCUUUAGUCCGGCUGUUCAAGGUCGUCGGAACGAAACGGCGGCCGGGUCUGAUGAAGUCUGUGCCAAGAAUUUUAAUGAGACAUUGGUCACCCCUCUCCGUUUAAGUACGUCAAUACAAGAUAGUAUUUGAAGUUUAUGAACAAUUUGCACUGAAUGGAGACGACUCGCAGUUCCGUCCGGGUUAGUUCACACGCUGGAAGCUGGUAUACUGCAGACAGUUGAGCGACUAUUAGCAAGACAAUUACUAAUCAUAAUUAGGAACAGAGUUGUCAUCACAGUUAAACACUUGGUUGGAAAGUUGCGAAAAGAACGUCCCAAAUGCAAAUUCAGUCCGGGCAAUUAUAGUACCGUAUGAUAUUAUUCUUACUAAUAAAAGUAUCAAGUCAUGCAGGUUACCGACAUUCUGGUUUAUGUGCGGCCCACGCAUACCGUCUAAUAAAUCCUGACAAAAUAGAAUGCAUUUUUAUCAUAGGUCCCUCACAUCGUUUAGAUAUUGGGAAUACAUGUGCUCUGACUUCUGUAUCUGAAUAUGAAACUCCGUUUUAUAACUUAAAGAUUAAUACCAAUGUGUACAACAGCCUUAAAAAGUUCAACUGCUUCAGCGUUCUCGAAAAGAGUCAGGACGAAGCUGAACAUUCUGUAGAAAUGCAGUUACCGUAUAUUGCUCACAUCAUGAAACGGAAAGAUCAGUACUCCAUAGUCCCCAUAGUUGUCGGUUGCUUGUCAUUCGAAAAACAAGAAUUCUUCGGGAACCUCCUAUCGAGCUAUAUGCUAGAUGAGAAGAAUCUCUUUGUGAUAUCUUCUGAUUUCUGUCAUUGGGGUUUGUUACAUUUUCUACGCAAUAUUUUUGUGUUUAUUUGAAGCAGUAUACAUAAUGGUUAAUUUGGCUGAGAGUGAUGGUAACUUGCGGUAUUCCUUUACGUAGUUUCGUCUGUUGUUCUAAAUAAUCGUUAAUGAUUCAUCAUGUUAACCUUGGUUACGAAAUUCUAUGGCCGUCUAAACACUUUUCCAAGCAGUAUUUAUAAUACUUCGGUAAUUAUCUAGCCUUGUUUAAAUGUACAUUUUAUGCUAGAAUCUUUUAAAUAAAUAUACGAGGACAUCAUAAGUGCUCGUUUUACGCGCUUAUCGUCAAGAAUAUAUACGCAUGGUCAAAGUCAAACAACAAGUCACAAAAUUCACUCUCAGUGAUGAUUAGUAUGAUUCAAAAUGAUACCCACAGUCAGUAAACUAAUUACUCGUAUGCUUUAUUUCCAGGGAAACGAUUUCGAUAUCAGUAUUACAAUAAAUCCGAUGGUGCGAUAUGGCAGUCUAUUGAGAAACUCGAUCACCUUGUAAGUGGCUGCAGUAUUUUUAUUUUCACACUGUAUCCCUCUCAACUAUAAUUAAAUCUAAUGUUAUAUUUCACAGGGUUUGAAUGCAAUUCGAAGCCUGAAACCGAAAUCAUUCAUAAAAUAUCUUGAAGAGUACAGGAACACUAUAUGUGGCAGGAGAAGUAUAGGCGUGUUCUUAUUUAUGAUUGACUGUAUUCGACAGAAGCAACCGUUUAACCUGGAACUUAAAAUCCUAAACUAUACACAAUCCAACCGCUGCCAGUCAAUGGAAGAUUCAUCAGUGAGUUACACUGCAUGUGCUCUAGUCAGUCGUGAGUAAAUAUAUAAAAGGAUCCGUAAAAAAAGUUUGUUAUAUAUUGAAGUAAAAUUAACAAUCCCUAAAGUUGUGAUUUUUUACUUUAAUGUAAACGUCGAUACACAUAUUAUAAUAUGCAGGAAAAGUUACUUAUAUCAAGAUAUUUGUAGCACACCAGCUGCAUAACUGACAGAUGAUUGGUUCAUAUUAUUACAGUGUUCUGAUUGGGCAUAUCGUACAAACUUCAUAUUAAAAUUGUUAUUGGGCAUAUUCCUGCGUAAAUACGUAACGAUUUGUAGUAAUACGCCUAUCGGGUGUCGUCCGCAUAUGGUGUUACCAUAUUGCUCCAAGUAACUUGUAAAUUCAGAAGGAGCAAGUCGCUCAAUUAACUCCAUUCCCUAAAAGUUUAAAGGAUCGAGAGCCACAAAAAAUAAUGCAUUUAAUUACUCAUAAAAAUACACAUUUUGAAGUUAGUUCUUAGAUGACGCAACAGACAAACUGCUGUUCAAUUCGCUCGUUUUAGUAUAAAUCGGAGUGUCUUAUUGACACUAUCACCUGUGUAAGGAUGGUGCAUACCAUAUGGGCUUCUGCUUUCUCAGUCACAGUUCAUCAGGAAGCGAACCAUCUAGAACUCCACCAAAAUGGAAGAAUCAACGCACUGAAUCAGUUUAAAUUUAAUGAACUGGCGUUUGCCAGCUUGCGUCACUUCUCGCACAGACGAGAUAUUUGUUUGUCAACCAAAAAACGGGUGUACUGUAUGGCAGUUCGCUUUGCGCUACUUUAUAGCUGAGGAAAGUGACCUUUAAAAGCAGAGGAUAUCUGAAGGUUUUUCAGUAUUUAAUCAUAGGUGUAUUCGAGGCAUCAUCCUUAUAUUUUGGAACCAUCGAAUUAGCAAUUUUGAAAAUACCAGGUAAGAAUGAUAAAGUGAAUCUCCAUUGAGCGAGACAGAACAACUAUUACGUACACCUAUCCAUUGAUUGCCCCGACUUGCGAUGAUAGCCGGAGUAGAAGUAGGUUCAAAGAAAUCUAAGGACCAAGACAUAUCAUCAGUACACUGACUAGUGUAAGUAGGUGCAGACUGCCCGGUUGGGGUCCGCGUGAUUAUCGUAACUUAUGGUUAGGGAUUCGAAAUUAUUGACAAUGGUACACAAUCCGUUUACUGUCUUUCCUUAGAUUUCAAGUUUCUAAAUUACCUGGUAAAUCUUUUUAUUCCACUGGCCCAUAUUUAUUCACGUAUCGUAUCUUCAACCCUUAAUCUUUCUUAUAACCACUCAUACUUGCUAUAUCUGUUAUUCUGGAAUUCGUCCUGACAAAUUUAUCUCGCUAUGCCAAUGAAGGGGGGUGACAAGUUGAAUCAAUAUACAAAUGUGCCAGGUAUUGAUUUGCGUAUUAUGAUGAGUCAUUUACAAACCAUCAUCUUGCCUACGACAGAUGUGAUGGAUAGAAAAAUGAUUUGCAUUGUUAGAUGAUUUUUAGGUUGGAGGUCUAUGUAUCAACGAGACCACACAGCAUCUCUAUGGCAGAAAUGUUUUCAGAUAACUACAGAAUAAGACUAGAUUAUUAUCAUUCUAGGUAACACUAGAUGAGCCGAAUUUGUUAAUGUAUUGAAGGACAGUAGAAAACUAAAGGGUCUAUGGGAGUCAUAUUGUUGGCAACGGUAGAAAAUUGUGCUUCGACAGUAAAACAAAAAGAAGUCUAGAUAUUAGUUUUAGGUAGUAAUGAAAAUUAUCAUGUAGCUAAGGUCUUCUCAGAGUAAAGCCGAAUCAUUUGUGGCAACCACAUUCUCUGACUCUAUCAUAUAAUUAAUGGCAAUCUAUUGAUGUUAUACAUACUUUUGGACAAGGAUUUUAAACCUGGAUCUGCCAAUGUGAUUGGGACGGUGUGAAUGCUUUUUUCCUGCUAGUGGUACGGUGGUGUUGCAUCCUUGAUUGCUCUUGACCAGAAUCACUAGACACGAAUCCAACAAUGUAAGCCGGUUUACUUUUCGGGAGACCGAGUAUACUUUUCGCUCAUAGAUCAAAGAUAAGGUUUAACCAAUAAUACUGACUGUCAACAAUUAACCUUGAGGUAGUGACUUAGAUAAUUCUUAACGCCUGUUGGCCUAAGAAGCUCAAUUUCCCAUUAUUGAAUCCGUAGAACACAAUAAGCAGACAACCCUCUACUAUAUGUAAACCAAUCAUCAGUUUACAUACACGCAUUAGUAGAUGCAAAAAAACUAUAGAUAGAAAAUCAUAGUUUACCAACUUGAAAAAAGAGAGGAAUAAUAAUAACAACUUGAAUCUAUCAGAAGCUUAGAAUACAGAAUACGAAAACAUAAUCCAAUUAUUAAGUAAUGGUAAGAAAAUACACGUAAUAGUUCCCUGUAAAGUAAAGCAAAAUCUACUUUUCCAAUACCACCUCUAUACCAAAUAAUCGCGUGUCUAGAUAACCCCCUUUCAAACUUCAGUAUGCGGACUGCAAUGAUCGGACGUUGCAUAUAACUGGAUAUGUAAGUAGAGAUCGAUAAAGGUGUCUGAUGCCAUAUUUCGCGUUUUGUAAAUGCAUAUAACGAGAAACUGGCCUAAAGAAUAGGGUGGAUGAAGACUGAUUUAGUGAACGUUACUUGCAUGAAUCUACCCAACUGUCAUUACUUGACGUUGUUACCGACAACGUUAAGUCAUUAAUUUACUCAUACAAUCUUAAAAGAUAGGUAACUUACCGUUUCAUCAAGUGCUUGUAUGGAUUGCCAGAUUGCUCCUUUACUUUGAUCAUAGUAGGUGUACUGAAACCUUUUUCCUGCAGGUAAGAAACAAAUUAGUACUUAACGAUUGUCUGGAGAAAUCACUCUAUAUUCAUCUUAGAUUGUUUCUCAUCACAUUGCCUGAUUUCAAUUAAAACAUGCCUAUAAAAGUUACUUUAAAAUCUAUUACAGAUGUAAAGAUUUCGAGAAAUGCAGUAACAACCAGCUAUACUACAUGAUUACUUUGAAUUUAAGAUACAAACAAAUUAGGACAUGUUUGAUGGUCUAAGAUACUACUAUUCGUUGUGGCAAAAAGUAAUAUCUGAAAAAUGAAUCAUCGGUCCAAUUUAUCUAUCUGUGUAGCAUCAAGUGCAGUGCUUCCUUAAGAGAACCACAUGAUAACACCAAUAGGUGAGGAUAUUAAGAGAUAGAAUCCAAAUCAGACAACAACCUUGAAAUUAUCAUUUCUUAUGAAAGGAGACCGCUGUUUUCGAACAACAUAGGAAACUACAAAUAGAGUUGCCACUAAUUUUUAUUCCGAGGUUGAGGUGAUUUUUUAGCAAGACUGAUUUAUCACCAUACAUACUUGUUAAGAACAUUUAUACACAGACAUAAUAGGUCAACUACUAAAGCUUAUCGAAGCUGUAUGAAAAUCCGAACCUUUAUUUUAACCUUAAACCCACCUUGUUAAUACUAGUUUAUUAUACAGCGCGGUGAGUCUCAUAUCGUUCUUAAAAUUAUUUUCUUACUAUAUUUGUUUCCUCUUACCCUCCACUUGUCUAGUCGACAUUUCAUUUUUGUAUAUAAAUGUUCUUAAGAAGUAUAUGUUUGGUCAGAUUGUCCAAAAUGUAUUGCGCCAAUAUAUCACAUAGUUCUGAU